AUGAAGAUGGUGAGCCAUGAGAGAUUGUCGGCCGCCAUUUCCCUCUUCGUCAUGAUCGCCGCAGGCCUCGACGAGGGAUCGGAACAAGACGGAAGGUGGUGGCAGAAGCUGCUCAAUGAUCUUCUCUCAAACGGCCAGGUCCGCGCCAAGCUGCUCCUAAUCCUCGAAGCUGUUCUCGUCGGAUCGGUAUUCCUACUCGUGCUCACCGCGGCCGCAUCUUGUCUUCUGUGUGUUGCAUUGAGAGUUCGAAAAGGGAUUCUCGGGGAAGAAGAGGUGCAAAAGCGAUCGUCCUCCGUCCGCCACAUUGAUUUU